CGUAUGCUCAAAAGAGUUCAGUAAAGCAUCUGGGAGCAAAACACCAGCUAGCGUAAAAUUUCACAUUUUACACCAGAAGACCGAAGGAAGAAACCACCAUACGUUCAGAGCAGUUAACACAUCUGUGUCCAUUAUGAAUCCGGUUUACAACCCUGCAGCAGCAGGGGUCCCAUUUACCAAUACUAAGGGUAUGGCAUACCCAGGUAAUUUCAUUUGCUCUGGAUUCCCUGUUGGCUAUGCAACAGCAGCUCCUCCAUACAAUCCCAAUAUCUAUGCAGGAGGAAACCCAGCCUUCCCCAGCGGCUAUGCUCCAGGCACUCCUUUCAAAAUGUCCUGCUCUCCCAACAAUGGGACUGUCCCACCUUAUUCCUCCUCACCCAACCCAUACCAAGCUGCUAUGUACCCGGUCAGGAGCACCUACCCCCAACAGAACCCCUAUGCACAGCUAAUACCUUCACAACAACAAGGCGCUUAUUACACACAGCCCCUGUAUGCUGCCCCGCCUCAUGUUAUCCAUCACACUACAGUGGUCCAGCCGAAUGGGAUGCAUGCUGCCAUGUAUACCCCCCAAAUGCAUCCUCAACGCCACAACAGCGUCGCCAUGGGGAUGGUAGCCGGCACCACCAUGGCCAUGUCAGCUGGAACUUUGUUGACGACUCAAUCACCAGCGUCUGUUAACCCUCACCAAGUCACGAUGCCCACAUAUCGGCCUCCGGGCACACCUAGCUACAGCUAUGUGCCCCCACAAUGGUGAAGAGAGAGAAGCGUUAGAAGACAGUAGAUAUGCAUUCACACUCUACGCCAGUGUUUUUUGCAAUUGGUUUAGACCUGCUCGGCCAGUGUCUGCAACCAGUUACUCUUCUUCCAGCAUAAUGUGAAUCUAAACCCAAAUACAUAGAAAGAGGCCCAUUUGGAUAGUCGGGGGUGCAGAAUAGGCCCAUCCCCAUGACCCCUCUCAAUGGAAUAAGGCUGCAUUCCAUGUCAAACCCCAGCGCCAGCACCUCUUCAACCUGCUGCAUAUCUCACACCCAACAGCAAUGCCUCCAUGCAAACUUUUUUGUGGACUGUCAUGCAGGGUUUUUUAGCUUAAAAAAAUCUUAAGUGGUAAAAAGGGAGUUUGGAAUAGUUUUUGUGUUUCUUUCAAUUUGGGGGAUAUAUAUGAUGUUGAAUGCAUGUGUAUACAUAGAUAUAUGAAGUAAUGCUAGCGCAAUCUACCUGCUGUGACAGAUGCAAAAUCAACAAAAGGCACAUCCAAAGGAACUAAAAAAAAGUAAUAAUCUGCAAUGCUGAAUCACCAGUGACCAUUUAUUACAUGUGAAAGAAUGAAAGACAAGAAACGUGUAUUCAUGCAAAAACAUACCUGCACAAAGAAGUGCAGACCAAACUGUACUAUUUUCACUGCUAUGUGUUUUGGUAAGUACGGCUAGGUUUUUAUUAUUUCUCUGUCAUGCAGUUCAAGCAUUUUGUCUUACCAUUUUUGUAUUUUAGGAAAAGAUAGGACUUUUUAAGUGUCGCAAUGGCCAUCAGUCAAAAACUCAACCAUUCUGAGUAUUUUAUUUUUCCUGCUAUAUCCAGGAGUAUCAACUUUCCAAAAGUGUCAAGCAGCUUUUCUUCCUUUUUUUGGGGUGAUACUUUUACAAUUAUUCACUUAUUUUAGCCAGAAACACUCUUUUUGUGAGGAACAAGUAGAGGAAGUUGUUAGAAAUCAUUUGCACCAAGCUAAGAGUUUAAGAGAAUGGAUGAGUAGGAAUAGUGGUGUGUGUGUGUGUGUGUGUGCGCGCGCGUGUGUGUGUGUGUGUGCGUGUGUGUGCGUGUGUGUGUGUGUGUGGAUUAAAAUAGAAACCAUUAAAAAUGGUGCCAUAUAUUGCAACGCGCCUAGAAUAUUCGACCUACAUCUCACAAUACUCAAUUUGUUCUUAGGUAGGUCUAAAGCACUACAUAAAAUCACUGCUAACUGUGGACAUGUAAGAAAAAAUAUUAUCCUGUUAAACUUCAUUCGUGAUUAGCACUACUGAAGGCACUAAUUCAAAACGGUAAAGA